GGUGUGCCCAGAUGAGAGUUUUGUGGUCGAAGGAGACUCUGCUGAACACAGAGGAGAAACACACGCUGAAGGAAAAUGUCUUCAGUUCCUGACGGGAAGAAACUCAUCCGCAGUCCCAGCGGCCUUCGCAUGGUUCCGGAAAACGGCGCCUUUAGCAGUCCUUUCUCGCUGGACGAGCCGCAGUGGGUUCCGGACAAAGAGUGCCCCAGAUGUAUGCAGUGCGACACCAAGUUCGACUUCAUCAAAAGAAAGCACCACUGCCGGCGGUGUGGCCGAUGUUUCUGUGAUAAAUGCUGCAGUAAGAAAGUGGCGCUGCAACGCAUGUGUUUUGUUGAUCCGGUGCGGCAGUGCGCCGAGUGCAGCCUGGUGUCCCAGAAAGAGAUGGAGUUUUACGACAAGCAGCUCAAAGUGCUUCUGGGAGGAGGCACCUUCAUUGUCACUUUGGGAACGUCGGAGAAGUCUGAAACCAUGAUGUGUCGCCUCUCCAACAACCACAGAUAUCUGUUCCUCGAUGGUGAAAGCCACUUUGAGGUUGAGCUGUCUCGGAUCUCCAGCAUGCAGAUUUUGACAGAUGGGACAAGUCCAGGAGGAGGGUCAAGAGCCAGUGGAAUGCUACUCCAUUACAAGCCAAUGGGCUCUCAGGAUGUCCAGCAGCUCCGCAUGGAGGCAGCAGAUGAUAAGAAGGUGGCCUCAUUAUGGUUGGCUGCAAUGCACAAGGCAGCCAAACUGCUGUACGAAGCUCGAGACCAGUGAGGACCAGAACUGAAGCUCCAGGCAGCACACACCCAAGUGUUUUGCACCCAUCUCAGUCGGGUUUGGUACCCUUUGGAUAUUAUUAAGGCCACUUCCUCUUCUGCUUAUCUGUCCGAUUCCUCAUUGGUUCUUGAUACCAGUUCUAUUCAUGGUAAUUUUUGCAAAUGUUUGUAUGAAAAAUGACUUUUAUUACCUCUAUAACCAGUACUUUGUACAUAAUGUUUACCACAAGUACGCUGCUUGGACCUAUUUGUUUAAUUUUUUUUUAAAGAAAUAAUUUUACAUUGACUUCAUUUAAUCCUCUUUUGUGUUAAUUCAUAAAUCAGGGCAUGCAGCAUUAAUAUUUCUACUCAAAAAUAUAACAAGAAGAAGAAGGUUUGUUUUGUUUUUUUGCCAAUUUAAAAUUAUUUACAGAAUUCAUUAGAUUUUAAUUUUAUUUUUUAAAACAUUAAACAUGUCACAAAAUGAGGCAUUGCACCUUUUUUAUUAACCAUCUUCCAUGGUUGAAUUAUGGUGACAUUAUAACUUUGUUAUGCUGCUACAAGAGAAGUGAUAAAGUGUGUCUUUGCAGGUUUACUUAGGGUGACCUUAACAGAACCAAGUAGGGACUUGGUCAUUGAACUGUCCGCAGUACCCAGAUCUUCCACACAGAGCGUCAUCACAAGUAGUUUGAAGGACAAAUCCACCCUGAAAUCCUUUAUCGCAGACAGAAAAGCAGCUUUUUGUGAUGUUACUGGCACUUCAGGAUUCAGCUGUCCUUCAUUUCUGGUAAUCUCAUAACAAGAAAAGGUUUGAACAAACACAGUUGUUCCUGAAAUGCCAAUAACGUCACAGACUUACAUCCAGUUUAUAUGAAAGUAACAUUACAUGGUGGAUUUUCCCUUCAGUGACAGUUCCGUUUAAAUGUUGAAAGUUUAGGUGAAAUCUUCUUUUUCAGUUAUUAACUGCUUCAAAUAUUCACAGUCGUACAUCUUUAGGCCUUUUUGUCUAAAAACUUCAACUUUUCACUGAUUCUAGUGAAGUAUACACACAAAGACAUAAACAAAUGCUUUAAAUAUAGUUUCAUGCAUUAAAGUUUUGUACAAAAUAUAUUGCUGAAUAUUCCUACUUUAGCACAAGCUGUGUAUGUAUUUGCAUAAUUUUUAAAGCUGAAGUAUGACUCUAGUUUUUGUAAUACUUGUAUAUUCCUUUUUGCCAUUACUCUAAAGCCCCAAAACAUUUUUUUAAUCUUUAUUUUUGUCAUUAUUGUGCAGACCAACAAACAGGAUGUCAGAUCUCAGCUAUCCAUCAGCCAUGUUGAAUUGACAGGUCUUUCAGUUAGCAGGUUGUUACUUAGGUAUUCUAAUCAAAGACGUAAUUGUUAAAGUGUUGAGCACAAGAAAACUAUCAUUUUCAUUUGCGUUGCAGCCAAAUUUAUAUGCUAAAGUACUCUAUUUACAAAAAAAAUAAAAUAAAAAAGUUUCUGAAGAAGUUGAAACUAAAUGGCCACUUUAGACUGUUUUAGUAUGCGGCUUUAGUGCCCAGAAAAGCCCAAUUUUUACUGUGAAAACAGUUUAAAUUGGGUGGUAGUUUGGGGAACUUUGGAUGAAGCUGUAUAAAAAUCAUUAUGUUUGUCUUAAAAACAUUUAUUAAGUAAUAAGCAUGAGCAUUGUGACACAAAAAGUCACGUUUUCAGGUGUAUGUCAUGGUCUUCAGCACAGCGGCAGAUACUUACUGUCAAACUUUGAGCAUAUAAUAAUAACAGGUCGUCAUACUGUAGGCGGCGUAUAUACCGGAUGGCAAAUAAAUGAACUUCCUGUACAGAGGAAAGCCCUGGAAAUGGUCAGUAAAAUUAACUUUUAGGUUCUCUUUAAUUAAACUGUGUGCUUCGGUCUACAUCUGAGUUAACGUGUCCGUUAAACGCACAGCAGCUCGUCAGCUGUUAAUGUUGUAAUACUUCAAGUACAGUUUGGUGCAGUUUUACAGGCAUCUGCGUGUCUUCCUUUUUCCCCAAGCUUGAGGAAAGAAAUUAAUGGUUUAAUAGAGCACAGAACGGGCUAACAUUUAGUGAAAUGUCUGACUUUUUUUUUUUUCCCCCCCACUUUAUCGCUUCCAGUGAAAAAAACAUUCUCCACCCCAACACCCCUUUGUGACAAAGGUUAUUUUUAUACUCACCUGAGAAUUAAUGUUGCUGUUAUUUGGUUUCAUGUUCUUCGAAGAGAAGAUAGUGAAGUGUUUGUGUAUGAGACAUUUGUGUGUUCCUGCUUUGAAGUAUUGCUGUACAUUGACAGGGUGUAAAGUUUUCUCAUUCAACAGUUGCUGGUGUUGAAAACAGAUGUUAAUAACUGCACAGUCAACAACAAAAAUUAGCAUCAAUCUUUAGUCAUGUAUGUUUUUUUCCCCAGUACCGCAUGUUGCGCACUAAUGGGAUACACAUUAUUUUUUACUUCUGUGUUAAUUUUUUUUUUAAAAAUCUCAGUAACACUCUGAACUGAAACUAAUUGGUUCAAGUUUAAUCAGUUGAAAACAGAUGCACAUCUACUGAGUUUUGUGUCGUUGGCUCAAUGUGCAGCUCUUUUCUUUUAAAAUGUAAUUAUUUUAUUUUAAGUUCGCACUACAUUUAAAAUCACCAAGUCAACCAGUGUUUGUAUCUGCACUUUAUGGCCACUCAUUAUUCCCUAUCAAAUCUUUUAUUUUGCUCAAAAUGCUAAACUGCAUCCCUUUGAUGGAUUUUUCUUUUAAUAAAGUCCAGUGUUUUUAAA